AUGAUUUUUAGAGGAUUUCCUGUCAAGAAACAUCCAACUUUCCGCAAGCCUACAUCAUCAAGAGGCUCAAAUACAUCAGAAAAGUCGAAGGGGUCGCAAAGAAAAUCCAGACGCAAAGAAACUUCAUCGGACUUCUCCUCGUCCGUUAGCCGUGGCCUGGUUGGAGAUUUAGACGUAAGCGAUGGCACAAGAAGCAGAAGGAAGAAGGAACAUCGUGAAAGAAAGAAGAGGGAGCAUCGACCAUCAGAGGCUCCAAGCAGCGAACAGCAGAUGUUUGAAUCCAUUCGAAAUAUCAUGCCUCGUGAGGAGGAAUGUGGGCAGCAAAAUCGACCUGAUAUGGAAAGUUCGCAGCCUCCUCCUGUCUCCAAUGAUACAGCUUCACAACAACCACUCAAAGGCAUUGCCAAGAGCGUUUACAUUGGUGUUUGCAACUUUGCAAAGGCUGAGGAGCAAGUGGAGAAGAGAUCGGACUUUCGUGUCUAUCACCAGCUGGCUCAUCGUCCUCUGUUAGACGAUUUGGAGCAGGAGCUACCACUUAUUGUUGUAUACAAGACAGCCAACGGAUCAUUUAGGCACUAUCCCAUACGUCGUCGCAAGGUUGGAAACUCUUCUUACUUUUAUGUAGAUUACGGAGAUCCGAAAGUGCAAGCGCAUGCAUCACUCGACCACUUAGUGCGAUACUAUCAGGUAAAAGAAUCUCAAGAUAUUCGUUGCUAUGUUGUUUACAUCGUAGAUCAAUGCUCAAAGACAUCCAAACAAUCGCCAGUAUGCAGAUCAAUUCCCUUGGUGGGAAGUGCACCUAUAAGAAAUAGGAAUGGAUUUGUGUAAAA